AUGGAUACAUCAGCUGAAACAGAGAAAUCCGAUCUCAGUUUCUCUGCAUGGGAGCUUAUUCCCGAUCACAUUUGGGAGAACAUCCUCUCCUACCUGCCGAUUUCAAGCAUUCUCCGAAUGAAAGCUGUCUGCAAGACGUGGAAAUCCAUCAUCCAAUCCGGGCCCUUCAUCUCCGCCUACAAAAAGGUGCCCCACGAAGACAAUCUCUACUUUGUUCUCUUUGCCGACUUCACCCAUCAAGACAUUGCGGCCGCGUACUAUCCGGCAGAAGACAAAUGGGUGUUGAUUCCCCUGUCGCAUAUCUGGUCUUUGUGCCCAGGCACUUGCUGUAAGCUUCGCCACACUCUAGUGUCCGAUGGCGGCCUUGUAUUGGCUGAGGACCGAAAAGGGUCUAUGGUAGUUUUCAAUCUUUUCACAAAAACAUACAGAACUUUGCCCUCAAUGUUGCCUUCCAUUUGGCCUUAUGUUGUUGCCAUAAUCGAAGAAGAGUCAUCAUACCAGAUCAUUGCUGUUAGCACUGUGGAUAGAGUCUAUUCGCAAGUCUAUGACUCAAAAACCGGUUUGUGGGAGGCCAAGGGAGAGUUUGAAGGGCGGUUUGCGAUGCUGGGGAAUGCCGUGUAUUUGGAUGGGUUCUUGUUUUGCUUGAGCCAUGGUCCAGAUAAUCUCCUGGCAUUCGAUUUGAAACAUGGUACGUGGAGUCUUGUAGAAGCAACAAUGCCGUCUGUUGCUUGCUCGCAUAUCUUGGUGCAUUGUGGGAAGUUGGUGUUGGUUGGUGGCAUUGAGGAGGUUGGAGUUAUGAAGAGGAUUGGAAUUUGGGAGUUUGAUAGAGAUGGGAAGCAGUGGUGUGGGAUUUGCUUCAUGCCUGAUCAUUUGUUUGAUAAGUUGAGUCAUGGGAUCCUCCAUCAUUUCGAGACCAUCGAUCGUCGGGGCAAGAUAUGGUUUCGCAAGACAGGGUCAUUGCUUGUGCUCAUGUACGAUAUGUCUGAGAAGAGGUGGUGGUGGCUUCCGCCAUGCCCGCUUGGGAGCUGCUCCUCGAACAAACAAAAUUGGUCUUGUGUUGGGGGUGGGAAAUUCUCUUUGACGGUCUUGCCGUCAGGGGUGUUUGAUGGCUUUGAGUGGCUGUUGACUGCAGUGUGGCCGCAUGUGGCUGCUGAGAGGGUUGGAUUCUGGGAUGAGCUUGUUUUGGCCAGGGGAAGCUUUGCAGGUGGGGGUGGGUCUUGUGGAGAAGAAGAAUCAUCAGAAUGA